ACCACAUCAAAUCAUUAUCAUAUACCAAGAGAAGGGGGGCUCGCCGUGACGACUAUCAUAAGGAUCACUCGCUCGCCCCCCAACUGUGUUCAUCUACGGCUGCGACAUGGCACCCCUACGGACAGGCAUGCUCCUUACCUUUCUCGUUCUGCUUCUUGCAUUCUGCAUUGUACCCGCAACAUCACUACCGCUCUUGACUUCACCGACCUGCCGGCAGGAUCUAUCCAUUGUGUGGAAUCUCAUUGGUUUCUUCGCGACUAACUUUCUCGCCCACGCUGCGACGGUCCCUCCUUCGCUCGAUACCGAUACGUACAUCCGUAUCGGUAGGUCGAAAAUCUUCAUCCCAUGGCCGCCCAUCGUUGCGCUCUUCCUGCCAAAUACAGGCCUGAUUCGGUCAUGCUUCAUGAUGCUACAUGCGUACUAUGUCUCGUGCUUGGACGAAGUAUCCAUAGCGCUUAUGUCCGGUGCGAUGAUCAUAGUGGCCCGCGAGCCGUGCUGGGAACCUCCUGAAGGGCGUGAAGAGCUCGUUCACGUGCGAUUGCCGGAAGGAUUCGAUGACAUACCAGAUCAGGAUUCUGCCGAACCCUUCGCUCAGAUCGAGGUCGAACCGCUAGGGGAGAAAGUAGAAGAGAUCGACCCAUCUGACUGGCCGACGUACGGAGAUGUGCAAGUCCCGGAAGGAUACACUUGUUGUGUACACAAUGCUCUUGGCAACAUCGAGUUUGCCCAAGGUCUGCUCCUCUCCAAUGUAGAAGAUACGCGCGACAUCAAGCUCUGCCGGCCAAAGAGCUGGACGGCGAUCAUCUUGUCCAUCGUGCAGCUCGUGUCCGCCAUCAUUUCUCUAUACGACUCCCGCGGAGACCAGAUCAACCGGUUUGGGUAUGCGGCAUACGGGCUGUCGGUCGCACCAUAUGCGCUGAUGUCCCUGGUCAACUUGCUCUGUGCGGGACAUAGAGGCGAGUGGCCAUGCAGAUAUGUCUUGCGCACUGCCAUACUGGAGGAAGCGGAACGCCGAGAGUCCGCCCGUUUCGACGGCGCAGUAGGUGUGGUCAAGCCCCUGGAGCUUGCGGAUGACGAGGAGAAAGCGAGUCUGACAGAGUCCGUGGAUCCGGAUAUCAAAGAUGGGUACACCGCUGCGUACCUCUCUGUGGAGAUCGAGCCAGGAUCAGCGUCGAAGACACUCGUCGUGCGUGUUGACGGCAUCAGGAGACGGUUCAGGCUGUCCCCCACCACAUCCGCCGGCAGCUCCGCCUACACCUUCGGCGUAGCCUCGAUCAACGACCGCGUCAGCCCAUCUGCGCCCACCGAGAUGGAGUUCUUCGGCACCCAUUACCCCUUCCCUUCCUUCAAGUUCCUCGUGCUAGCAAUCAACUUUGUGCUCUUCAUCGCCUUGCUGUACGCGGGGAUCAUACUGCCGUACGUGAUUAUCUUCGUGCUCACACGCUUUAAGCCCGGGCAGAGCACCGUCGGUGAGCGUGCGUGGAUGAUGGCGUGGGUCGUCGCGAGUCAGGUGUCUGGGUUCACCUGGGGGUUUCUAUUCCUUGCACGGCUCUCAAGGACAGUGUUUUGGGUACUUCUGCCGGUGCUGAUGACCCCUGCGGUUGGAGGGUUUUACUUUGUUGCGAAAAUUAGCGUCGCGUGCGGCCAGUAUGGUGCGUACUUCCGCCAGCCGCAGCCCAUACGUCCAAUCAUGGCCUUGGCGAAGCGCUCUGAGCUCGGCGCGCCCCAACUCUCCGCACAGUGCACGCUGUUUGACUGUACCUGGCCAACCAUGAGGUACUCGAACUGCACGCCGGACGGGCCGUCCCAGAAAUGUUCAUCGUUGUCGAGCCCUCGGACGAGCGCCUUGAGGAACCCCUUCGAACCUGCAUACACGGAGAAGCGCACGGGAGAGAUCUCGCCGGCCAUCGAGCCGACAAACUGCACGAGAACGGGGGCGUUUUUGGCGGAUGCGCGAAGUUUGGGGAGCAGUGUGCGGGAUCAAAUUGAACCCCUGAUCAUAGAGCUCUUGGGCAACAGCUUUGCCAAUGCCGAAAUAGAGCCAGAUGAAAUUGAGGAGCCGGUAGACGAGAGGAGCGAGGAGGCCAGCCCCGACGCCCGCAAGGACUUGUACAGUGGUGACCUGUGCCAUGGCUGUAAGAUGCAAGAGGCGAUGGGAAAAGCCAUGGACGACCACGACAAGGACCAAGGUGUUCAGCAGCAGCAGCCUCCGUCUGUAGAGGCGGAAGCUACUUCAGCUACAUCAUCAGCAGAAGAUGGAGCUCCUAGCAAUGAUAGAUCGGACCUAUUGGUAAAGGCCCGAGCGUUCCUAGCAUCUCCGCAAGUGCGGCAUGAAGACAAUAUUGCGAAACGUAGAUUCCUCAAGGAGAAAGGGCUUGACGAUGCAGAGAUAGAUAGUCUUCUCCAGGAUCAACCUCCCCAAUUGCCGUUACUUCCGCCGCGAACAUACCCGCAGCCCCCUCCGUCGAACCUUCCCAACCUAUUGCUGGGUGUUGCAAGGAUCGUAAGCUGGAUAGCAGGCGGCUCUGCGGCCCUGCUGCUGGUUUAUUUCCGUUUCCUCUAUCCUAGGAUCGCAAAGACAUUCCAAGCGCGACAUUCCUUACGGUCACACCACAAGGACUUACUGAGUAAACUGACGGAAUCACUCGAAUCACUCAAGGCGACGCAGGUGGCUAGUUCCGCCGUUCUACCACGCCCGGAGCCAUUCCAGGAUAUACAGUAUGGCCAUUGCCAGACGUUGGAUGAGGUGGUGAAGGCAAGCGCGGGACGGCGAGACGUUCCUGAGGUGACACUUCUACGCUGCGCGAUCUCCGGUGUGAAAGCGUCGAGCAAAACCGCGACAACCGAUGAGAUCUUCCUUGCGCUCGAGGCAAACUUGCCAUGGCUGAAACAGAGCGACGGGUCAAAUGAGUACGAGGAGAAGGUUUGGCAGACGCUGUCGACCAGCGCGUUCUUUCGUUCCGAAGAAACGGGCGACUCAACAGUCUGGUCGUACAUCGCACCUUCACCACCUUCACCAUCUCCCCUACUCCAGUCACUCAUCGGCCUAAAAUCCUCACUUUCGAGUCAUUCGCCACCGAGAGAGAGUCGCUUCGAACACACGAUGCAGGCAUUAGCGAGUCUCACUGGCUACAUAGCGACGCAGACGUACGCCACGUUCCGCAUGCCUACGGCACCUUUUGGUGCAGGCUUAGGUGCGCCUGGGCUGUCUACGGAGGAAGAGGAAGUGCGCCGGGAAAUUAGAGCACUCAAGGGCCUCGUGCUCAACCGGUUCAUUUUAUCCUCGAUGCUGUUCUCCCAUGACAUUCAACUUCAAUGCGAGCCUCGUGGACCUGGUAUUCUCAGAACUUUGUUGAUAGCUUUUGAUGCCGUAACCCAUUGA